AUGAUUUCUAACCGAGCCACCACGCAGCAGCAGCCAACGAAUGUGGCGAACGAUUUAGCGACAGCUCCCUCCGAGCCUGCUUUCCAGCUUCGGGGAUCAGCUUCGGUUGAAGGCUCGGCAGUAAGCGAUACCCGGGCCGCGUCUGGUGACGGAAGCGAGGCGAGUAAAGACCUAUCGGGUCCGCCGGUCCUGUGCUGGGAGCGCGUGGGCGGAUCCACUAAGGCGUAUGUAGCAAAUGAGGGCGGGGGGGAAGGGGAUGGCGCGGAGGGGGCGGGGAUGGGGCGCAAGGGGCGGCGGAGAAGGCCGUUCUUUAUCCAGGACGUGGGGGAGCGCGCAGACGCGGUUAUGGAGCUGACCGAUUUUUUCAAAACGAAUUUCCUCCCUGAGGGUUUUCCGGACAGCGUGGCUCCAUCGUUCGUGCCGUACAUGCGAUGGCGCGCCUUGCAGUAUUUCUUUGGCGGCGCGAUGGGCGUCUUCACCACGCGCUCGCUGCUGCACGCCUUGGGAGUGUCGCGCGGCGCGGGCGGCGGCGGCGCGGCGGCGAGCGCGCUGGCGGUGAACUGGGUGCUCAAGGACGGCGCGGGGCGGCUCGGGAAGAUGCUGUUCGCGCGUCACGGGAAGCGGUUCGACUGCGAUCUGAAACAAAUGCGAUUUCUGAGCAACAUGCUGCUUGACUUCGGCUGCUGUGUCGAGCUCUGCACCAUGGCCGCCCCCAAGCUCUUCCUCCCACUUGCCUGUGUCGCCAAUGUGUUCAAGAACAUUGGUGCCGUCACCAACACAUCGACCCGCGCGCCCAUCUACAAGGCGUUUGCGCGGCGGGAGAACAUUGGAGACAUCACGGCCAAAGGGGAGAGCAUCAGUAACCUGGCUGACCUGAUGGGCACGGGAGCUGGAAUUCUCAUUGCGAGGAGCAACCCUCACCUCGCCGCCACCUUCGCUCUCCUCUCCUGCGGCUACCUCUUUGCAUCGUUCAAUGAGGUCAAGUCAGUGCAAGUACCCACGCUCAACCGCGCUCGCUUCGCUGUGGCAGUGCGCUCCUUCCUGGAAACGGGGCAGGUGCCGUCUCUAGCAGAGGCCAACGCCAGGGAGCGCAUCCUCGUGCUGCCAUGGGCUGUGGACCGGCCUCUGGAGCUGGGAGCACGGGUCGGGGAUGCCUUCAGGAGCCCCUCUGAUCUGCUUUCCUCUCAACGCAUCUUCAAGGACGAGCAAUACAUUGUGACCUACCGCCCCAGCCACCGGCGGGCGUACAUCGUCCUCAAGGAAGGAGCCAAAUCACGCGACGUGGUGCGGGCGGCCUUCCAGACGCACGUGCUGCUGCACCUGCUGCACCAAUGGCGGCAGGACACCUCCCUCUCCCCCACCGCUCUCACCAGCAGCAGUCCAGGUAGAUGGGCGCCCAAGGAAAAGAGCCCCAAGGGGCCCCGGGCGUGGCAGCGGUCCCUCACAUCAGCAGAGGUGGAGCGGGCAGUGUCUGAGAGCCUCGAGCUCACCCGAACCCUGUUUGGGGCGUUUGAGGAGCGGGCUGCUGCAGAGGGAUGGACCAUGGCGGAUUCACUGCUCAACCCUGAAAAGGCCCGGGUGCUGUCUGCGCCUCCUCAGGCUGUUCAGACGAAGCACGCUGCUGCUGCUGCUCUUACGUCUGUGGCAGCUUCUGCUGGUGGUAACCAGACAAAUGCUUCUUCUGUCGCGGCUGCUGCUGAUGGUUCUGGUGCGCUCACCCUCCCUCCACUCUCGGCCCCUGGUCGGGUUGCGCUCGAGCCGUUUGCAGGUGCUGCUGCUUAG